GAGAAAACUGGAAAAUUGUUUUCGUCUUUUUCUUUCACCGCGCGUGACUUUCUGGUCAGUAAAAACUAAACCCAAUAAAAUAAAAUCAAAACCCUCGCUCGCUCCAUUUUACAAAACAAAUCGCUAAUUUCGUAAUAUCAACUUCAUCUCUCUCUCACACCACGCUGCGCUUCUCAACUGAGGCUUUUUAAUUUAAGGGACAGAAAGAGGGUAUGGUAAUUUGUAGAAUUAUUGAAUUGUAAUAAUCAACGUGGCAACAGACUGAUUGUGAAAGGAGUUUUGUUGGGCGAUCUUACUGACACUACUGAGUUUUAUUUGGAGUUUUGUUGUGUUUAAUAGUUCAGGACGUAAUCUGAAGAUCUGUGAUGGAUUUGGAUAGUGAUUUGCACGAGUCACCAGCUUCGCCUGAUUUGUCAGGUUCCCAAAGCAAUGUAGAUGUUAAAUUGACAGAGAAAAAGAAAACGAAAAAGAGAAAAAAGGGGAAGUCUAAAAAUAACUCGAGCCAAUCUUGUGUAGAAGCGGAUAUUUGUUUGCACGGGAAUGAAGAAAAAAAGCAGAAAGUUCUCAGUCAGGCUGCAGAAAAGGGAAACGGAGAGAGUGAGAUCCAAGACAAAGCAGACAACUGUAAUUCAGUUGUAGUUGAUGCUGAUGCAAAGUUACUUGCUAAAGAGUCUGUGUUAGAAGUUGUAAAAAUGGACAUCGAGCAAAGUAUAAAUGAGAACAGUUCCAACCCCAAGGAAACAAGUGAUUCUGUGAAGAAUGGAAGUCCGGUAAACAAUCAUGAUGAGGAUCUAAAGGUUCAUGAUCUGUCUAAUAAAUCUCAGAGCAUUAAAACCUAUUCAAGGAAGAAAUUAAAUGAUGUCAAUUGUAAGAGAAACUUGGAAUGCCCAAGUGCUGAAAAUUCUAACAAAGAGCCAAUUAUCCAGGACCAUAACAAUGAUGGUUCACAUGAGGUUUCUGAUGGACCAUUGAGAGAUGUCUUAAUGGAAGGAGAAAAAGAACAUUUAACCAAUCAGAACAAAGUUGAAGCGGAGGAAAUGGAGUUGAUAGCAGACUACAGUUCUGAGAAAAGUUCUAUGACUACAUCUUCUAUUGUAGAUAUUCCUGUUACACAACAUGAAGAAAGAAAUGCUAGACAGAAAGGUCAUGCUGAGCUUACAAGAAAUGGUCUGUGUUGUCUAACUGAUAUUUCUGAUUUAAGCUUAAGCAGUGGUAAUUCAGAGAUAUCACAAUGCUCAGUGGACAGAACUAUUAUCAGCAACUCAAAGAACAAGCUUCUCAUCCUUGAUGUGAAUGGACUUCUUGCAGAUUGUGUCAGUGAUGUUCCUAAUGGGUAUUAUCAACCAGAACCAGAUUUUUGGGUUAGAAGGAGAAAAGUGUAUAAGAGGCCCUUUUGUGAUGAUUUUAUACAGUUUUGCUUUGAGAGAUUUCAUGUGGGCGUUUGGUCAUCUAGAACCAAGUCUAAUGUUGAUGAUGUAAUCGAACUUCUUUUGGGGAAAUCUGCAUCCAGACUGCUCUUUUGUUGGAAUCAAUCCCACUGUACUACAACAAAAUUUAAUACUGUUGAGAAUAGAGAUAAGCCCCUUGUGUUGAAGGAACUGAGAAAGUUAUGGGAGAAGCUGGAACCUGGUCUUCCAUGGGAGAAAGGAGAGUUCCAUGAGUCAAACACAUUACUACUCGAUGACUCCCCUUACAAGGCACUUGUGAAUCCUAAGCAUACGGCUAUAUUCCCUUAUUCUUACCGGCACCACCACAUUAGAGACUCAGCAUUAGGACCUAAAGGUGAUCUUCGGGGUUAUCUAGAAAGGCUGUCUAAGGCAGACAAUGUUCAAGAGUUUGUGUCGGCGAAUCCAUUUGGCCAGCGGCCCAUAAGAGAAGCAAAUAUAUCCUGGGGUUACUAUCUUAAAGUUAUAGAAUCAGUUAAGUGCAGUGAAAAUGAUAGGCUCUCAGCCCCAGAUAAGGAGGAAACCCCAGCCCCAGAUAAGGAGGAAACCCCAACCCCAGUCAAGGAGGAAACCUCAGCACCCAUCAAGGAGGAGGAAACCUCAGCACCCGUCAAGGAGGAGGAAACCUCAGCACCUGUCAAGGAGGAAACCUCAGCACUCGUCAAGGAGGAAACCUCAGCACCAGUCAAGGAGGAGACUGCUUAAAGAAGAAAAGCAGGAUGAAAGCCACUGAUAUGAAUAUUGAUGCACACCAUUCGUAUUUUGUACUGUGUUUGUUGUGUGCUACGAACACAUGACAGACAUCCUAGGACACAGAUAUGACAAGGGCAAUUAUUUUUUGGUAUGUUGAAUUUUUUGUUGCAUACAUUUAGAACUAAAAUUGUUUGCCUCAAAAGAACUAAAUAGAUAAGUAGAUAGGUUAAGUUAAGUUAAUAUCAAACUUACAUUUACAAUUUCUUUAUUGCAUAUCAAUCAUACACAAAUACUACCUUGCCAAAUGUAUGUCCAAAGCAUUUGAAAUGCCAAUACACGCAGUGUAGAUGAAACAAGCUUUGACAUACAUGAUCCACGUCUGCUUCAGGCUACUCACACCUACUUAUAGUGUUUAUUAUCUUCCUUUAGAAGUUUUCAUUUGGGUUUGUAUUCAAUUACUUAUAAUUUUGAUAAUCAUUUUUUAGUUUAGCAGGUUUUA